CAGUAGCCGAUUAUAAAAGGUUAUCUGAAGUGGACUAUCUACAAAAUAAAUAAAACAUAACUAAAUGAUUAUCCACAAAUUGACACGUAUAACUUCUAACAAUCUGUGCUGUGAAAACUACUUAUUUCUUCGAAGUGUAAAAGUGUUUCAAAGACAAAUGUCGAACGAUCAUAAUAAUAUUCUACGUGAAAUUUUCUUUAAAUCUGUGGAAUUUGUGCAACCCAAUCAUCUCAUCAAAAAUGAAAUUCAGCUAAACCAUCGCGAUCUAACGGUCAGAGGUAGAACUUACAAAUUAUUACGGCCAUGUUAUGUUGUAGGAUUCGGUAAAGCCGUGUACGGCAUGGCAACAGAGCUCGAAUCAAUUUUGGGUGAUCGCCUCGAGAGGGGGAUAGUGAACGUGCCAGUGGGAAUAUUUGAAAAGUUCGAGAAAGUCAAGGAGUCGAAGAUUGAGUACGUCGAAGGCGCUGAAAAUAAUUUACCUGACGAAAUGGCAUUAAAAGGUGCGAGGAUGAUUAAGGAAUUGGUAGAGAAGUUGAGUGAGAAUGAUUUAUUAAUUGUUCUGGUUUCCGGAGGAGGUUCCGCCCUUUUACCGUUGCCAAUUCCUCCUAUAACUCUGGAGGAAAAACAUAAUCUGGUUAGGACUCUGGCCAAAAGAGGAGCGGACAUAAACGAGCUAAACACCGUCCGCAAACGAAUUUCUGUUCUAAAAGGCGGAGGCUUGGCUGAACUAGCCUAUCCAUGCCAGAUUAUUUGUUUGGUAUUAUCGGAUAUUAUUGGAGACCCAUUAGAUUUUAUUGCGAGCGGCCCAACAAUACCGAAUAGCGAUCCGUCGGAGAUGGCCAUGGCAGUUUUAAAGAAAUACCAUCUAGAUGGCGGACUACCGCAGUCGAUAAAAAGCGUGGUGGAAAUGGAGAAAUGUGCUUGUGGAACGAGGAUUGUUAAUGGAGAAUACGAGCAUGUCAAGACGUACGUAAUAGGCAAUAACAAAAUAGCUGCCGAAGCAGCGAAACAAGAGGCAAUAAAUAAAGGCUUUCAAUCAAGCAUCAUAUCCACCGAAAUAGAGGGAAACGUGGAGAAAAUUAGCAAGAUUUAUGUCCAAUUGGCACGCAACGUCGCUUCCGUAAUUACCAAUUCCGGCAACAAGGACAAUUUGAAAGUUUUCCUAGAAACUUUUUCCGAGGAUUUGCGUGUUCGAGAAGGAUUUAUCCAAGAAGUUCUCGAUAUGGAUUACAAGAGAGGGAUUUGUUUGAUAUGUGCUGGCGAACCAACUGUGGUCGUUACAGGAACAGGGAAAGGAGGCAGAAAUCAACAAUUAGCUCUGGCUUUUUCGGUCGAACUCAAUAAGCUGGCAAUAGAAUCGGCUGAUAUUUCAUUUUUAAGUUGCGGCACAGAUGGAAUAGACGGUCCGACAGACGCCGCAGGAGCAAUAGCAAUUAGUAAUUUUGCGAAAAGCAACCAGAAUGUUAACCCUGAUAUUCUAGCAUCAUUUUUAAACAAUAACGAUGCUUACAGCUUUUACGAAACGUACAAUGGCGGGGAAAAUUUGGUGAAAAUCGGUCAUACUGGUACAAAUGUUAUGGAUAUUCAUAUUAUGAUUAUACAGCCGAAAGUUUAGGAAUUUAAGUAU